CCAUCACUGGACCAAAAUGCCCUUCCCCAAACAUUUUACCCCCCACCUCCUUUUUUCUCUUUAAGAAAAUGAGCAAAAUCACUUCAUCAACAUCAAGCAUGAUUACGCAAUUGAAAUAAUACAAUAUUGGAAUUUAGGUGCCAGCCUAAGACCACUAGUGUACACUUUGAUCGCAAAUUGCAAGAGAUCCAAUACUUAUUUUUCUUUUGUCAUUUAAUUAUUCAGUUUGGAGCUAGGAUGAUAUCAUACGGGUAAGUUAAAGUCAUAAAGUGGGUUGAUAAAUUAAAAUUAGGCUAAAGAGAAUGCAAUCAGGUGUGGGUGUGUGUUGCUCCUCUUCCUCCAAUUGGUUGUUUGGGCUUGCAGCCGCAGCCGCCCCUCUUCUUCCCUCUUCUCUUACUACAAUUUCGUUCCCAAUUUCAAAGUCUUCUUCUUCUUCACUCAUCACACUCUCCACUCCCUUACUAAUUUCAUCUCCUCUACGCUCCAUUGCGAGUGCGAGUGGUUCGUCUCAGCUUAACGAAAUGGCUUCCGAUGAUGCUCAAGAUCCACGCUUACAGAGAAUCUCCUCUGCGAUCCGUGUCAUCCCUGACUUCCCUAAGCCUGGAAUUAUGUUUCAGGACAUAACCACGCUGCUGCUUGAUACUAAGGCUUUUAAAGAUACCAUUGACUUGUUCGUUGAGAGGUACAGAGAUCAAAACAUUUCUGUUGUUGCAGGUGUUGAAGCAAGAGGAUUUAUAUUUGGCCCACCUAUUGCAUUGGCUAUUGGUGCAAAAUUUGUCCCCAUGAGGAAACCCAACAAGUUGCCAGGGGAGGUAAUUUCAGAAGAGUAUUCUCUUGAGUAUGGAACUGACAAAAUGGAGAUGCAUGUAGGAGCUGUACAACGUGGAGAUCGAGCCUUAGUCAUAGAUGAUCUUAUUGCUACUGGGGGCACCUUAUGUGCUGCAAUUAAGCUACUAGAACGUGUUCAGGCACAAGUUGUUGAGUGUGCUUGUGUGAUUGAAUUGCCGGAAUUAAAGGGGCGAGAUAAGCUUACCGGCAAGCCACUAUUUGUCCUAGUUAAAGGAGCCUGAUCUCGAUAUUCUGUAGUAUUCGUGGUUGUGUCUUAGUAAUCCACAAUUUGAGCUCUUAGUUGUUCGACUUCAGAGCUUUAUUGUUGACUGCUUAUAUUUUCAUACAAUAUAUUUGAUGGGAUGUGCUGAAGAGAAGCUGAGGUUACUUCUGUGGCCGAGCUCUGCUUUAGAUUUUAUUUUUUAAAGCAGUGAUCUGUGGGACAUUUAAAACUCUUAACUUACGUUGCGUUAUAGUGAAUAACCAAUCCAGAGCUGAAGUGUUUGUUACUAACGCCUCUAUCAUGUUCUAUUCAUGAGACAGCAGAAGUGUUUGAUAUUAUUAUUUUAUUAAUUGUUUAGUGGAUUAA